CGGUAUUCUGUAGCAAAUACAGACGUAUAUAUACUCCUUGUGCGCAAGUAUACAGAAGGAAGAGCCGACCAUCCAGAAGCUGCUGAUGCGACCCUCGAUAUUCCCGUUGCUCACUGCGGACAAGCCAGGCAAGUGAACAGAUAGCAGCCACCACAGUUACGGAGUUCCGAGGUUAUCAAAAAAGAAAAAGAAAAAAACAAUGCGUGCGGUUAUUUCUCGCGUCGAACCAAAAGAUGUCGAUGCCAUUGUACCUUUGUUGUUCGGGACCUUCAAAACAGAAGAUCUCACAAAGGUCUUCUUCGGUCGCGGAUCUCAAGCUUCCAAAGCUUACACCAAGAAACUCCUUCUGGCUGGACUCCAGGACGACCCCGCGGAUGUGUUUCUCAAGAUGGAGGACGAAGAUCAAGAGGUCGACGUCGAGGUGCUUGAUGAUGAAGGCAACGUCGUCGGCACCGAGAGACGGAGGAGAAUCAUCGCCACGAACGACUGGAAGAUCUAUCCCACCUAUGUCACUCCACAGGAAGAGCAGCAGGAGACCAAAAAGGCCGACGCGGAAGGCAUGGCCGCGUUCUCCUACCUGGACACCGAACAAGAACGGGCCGACGCGGCGGUGUUGAUGGAAGACUUCCUCGUCAGGAGACGUCGCGAGUGCAAGGAAGGGCACGCACUCUGUUUCUUGAUGUUCGUCGACGCAGAGUAUCAGCGAAGGGGAUACGGUCGGGCCUUGAUGAACUGGGGCAUCGCGGUGGCCGACGCCCUGAUGUUGCCUUGUUGGAUAGAGGCGAGUUCCAAGGGAGAAGGGCUGUAUCGACAGUUGGGAUUCGAGGAUAAAGAACGCGUCAAGGUUUGGGGACCGACAAAGACUUUUCUCAUGGACUAUCUGCAUAUGAGAAGACCUGCGACGGCUCAAAGGAUCAGGUUUGAGGAUGGGAAGAUGGUGCCGGAGCUGAUGAAGUGAGGACGAUUUUCAUGGGGCCAGAUAUACACCU